CUGUCGCGAGUUUUUGCCACCUUCGGGGAACCACGGUAUUCUCCAAACUAUAUCUGCGGCCCGGAUACUGGAAAAUAAGAAUGGCGGACAAUUCCAUCUACAAAAUUGCCUUCCGAACUCGGUACGGGUCGUACGAGUAUCUGGUAAUGCCGUUCGGACUCACCAACGCACCGGCAACGUUCCAAGCCAAAAUGAACCACAUUCUAUGCCCACUCUUGGACAAAUGCGUGGUGGUGUACAACGAUUCUACGUAAAAUUAUCCAAUAGCGAAUUCGCCCUCAAGAAGGUCCAAUUCCUAGGACACAUGGUGAGCGCUCAAGGAGUUCACGUCGACCCCAAAAAGAUCGCAGUCGUGCACAUGUGGAAGACACCCAAGAACGUGAAGGAGUUGCAGCAGCUCCUAGGCUUCGCUAACUAUUACAACAGGCUUGUGUCACAGAAUGCGAAAAUCGCCGCGCCACUCACGAAUCCGCUGAAGAAGAACAUGCCCUAUAAGUGGGAACCAAAACAUCAGGAAGUCAUAGAGCAGCUAAAACAAGCACUUACGUCCGCACCUGUACUCAUCUUGCCAGACCUCGAACGCGACUAUGUCAUUGAAGCUGACGCUAGUGACCAAGCAGCGGGAGCACUCUCGAUGCAAGGCCAGGGGAAUGGACAGCAACCAAUCGUUUACCUCAACAAAAAAUUGCGCCGGGCAGAACUAAAUUACCCGAUACACGACAAAGAAGCCCUUGCUAUUACUAUCGCAUUCAAAACAUGGAGAUGUUAUCUCGAAGGACGAAAAACAACCAUCUACACCAACCACUGCAACGUGAAAUACAGCGACGGAAAGUAUUGCCCGGAUAAUUGCCUUAAAACAUUUCUCCAAUGAUGUCUCUGCUCGGGACCAAACUCGCCAU